AUGGUUGUUGAUUACACCGGCUAUAAGAAAGCCGACCUCACGAGAGUAGCACAGCUUUUGGAUAUCCAUACCGUAACUAAGGACACCAAGAAGAUCUUGACAGAUAAGUUGGACAAUUAUAUCCUCAGUCAUCCUCAAGAUGGUGAAGCCACCGUACAACAGUUGUUGGAGUUGCCACCACCAGUAACGGAAGAAAUCAGUCUUCCAACCGCCAAUCCUCAAAUCGAUGCCGACGCUACCACGAGCGACUCGGACGACGACCACUUACCACCACCAGUCGUACGCGAAGAAGUUGAGGAGGAGGAAGAAGAGGUUGAGGUUGAAGUCGAAGUUGAAGAAGAAGAAGACGAUGAAGAAGACGAUGAAGAAGACGACGACAACGUAGAAGGAGAAGAGAAAGAUAUUAAUGACGACGAAGAUGAUGAAAACGAUGAGGACUACACCCCAGGCCCUCCGGUCGACUUGAAGGAAUGGAUCGUGGACCCUUUGGUUGAGUUUGGUGAAUCCACUUAUCAAAAGUUCUACCAGUUCACAGACAGAGUGGGUAUCACCACGUUGCCUGAAAAGGCAAGAGGAACCUUAUCUCAAGUCGUCACCUUGAACUACUUGUUAGUGUUGAUGGAAUUGGCUUACUUCACCGCAGCCCACAUCAGGUUUGUUCCCAUAUACAAGAACAACUUAUUUGUGAAAUCAUAUUUGGUGACCUUAAUACCUUAUUUGAGGACUGUUUCCAUUCCCUUCCCUGACUUGACUGUCCUUGGUGACUACACUGUGUACUCCACUUUACUCUCGUGGAUUGGUGUCACUGUUGUGUUGCCCUUAUUUAUUUCGUACUUUGUCAACUUCUCCAGUCGUUUGGUGAUCAUCAACGACGACGAAUCAAACUUGUCAAGCUUCAGAUACGACUAUGAUCCCUUUACAUUCAACCUUGUUCGUCUUGUGAUCAUUUACUUUAUCAAAGAUUUGACUUUGGAAUUGACCGCCGACUACGUGUAUCAGGGACUCGUUUCGCAUGUCAAGCACUCUUGGACGUCUUAUUUGUUCAACUUGAAUGUCUUCAUCCAUGAAUUGGGCACUUAUCCUACCAUUCUUGGUUUGGCUAACGUCUUGCUCGGUAUCUAUGCUCAAUUCGAGGAAUUAUAA